CCGGAGCUGUCAGAACCACGCCUAUAGGGGCCCACAAUUGGUCCAGAAAGCGUAAAAUCAGCAAUCAAAGGGGCUUGGUUCAUUAGUGCUGGGGAUGGAGGCAGGAAGGACAUGUGAGAUAGUCACAGAUCUGCAGUGAGCGAGGCCACAUCUCUCCAGUCAGCGUGGGAUGAGUGGAGCAGAGGAACGGCUUCUUUCUCCGUGAGGCGCACAGCGACGCAGCCGGGCUCUGCCUCACCGCGGCGCCGCUCCGACUCACGGACUCUUCUGGGAUCCAGAGGAAAAAAACACGUCGAGGGCAGCAACUCUGGGCUAUUUUCUUCACGCCGACGGCAGGCUGAGCGCCGCGCUCCUUUCCGCCGCUUCACGACAGAUCCAGCGGCCGCGACGCGCGGACCGACGCUGGCGCUCGGUCGGGGAGAUUUACCACCGAAAACAUCCAUUAUUUCACUUCGUUUUUUGUGGAUGCACCGAUGAGAGAUCCAGUUUUCACAGGGACUGCAAUGGCUUAUCACCCUUUCCACGCACACCGGCCGACCGACUUCCCCAUGUCCGCCUUCCUCGCGGCCGCGCAGCCGUCCUUCUUCCCGGCGCUCAGCCUCCCUCCCGGGGCGCUCACCAAGCCCAUCCCGGACCACGGCCUGGCCGGGGCGGCGGAGGCAGGGCUGCACCCGGCCCUCAGCCACCAUCAGGCGGCUCAUCUCCGCGGCAUGAAGAGCCUGGAGCCCGAGGAGGAGGUGGACGACGACCCCAAAGUUACACUGGAAGCCAAGGAUCUUUGGGACCAGUUCCAUAAACUCGGGACGGAGAUGGUUAUUACCAAGUCCGGACGGAGGAUGUUCCCUCCGUUCAAAGUACGAAUAAACGGGCUCGACAAAAAGGCCAAAUACAUCCUGCUGAUGGACAUCGUGGCGGCGGACGACUGCCGCUACAAGUUCCACAACUCCCGCUGGAUGGUGGCGGGAAAGGCCGACCCCGAGAUGCCCAAGAGGAUGUACAUCCACCCGGACAGCCCCGCCACCGGGGAGCAGUGGAUGGCCAAGCCUGUUGCGUUCCACAAGCUCAAGCUGACCAACAACAUCUCGGACAAACACGGAUUUGUCCAGACCAUCCUGAACUCCAUGCACAAGUACCAGCCCCGGUUCCACAUCGUGCGGGCCAACGACAUCCUCAAGCUGCCCUACAGCACCUUCCGGACCUACGUCUUCCCGGAGACCGAGUUCGUGGCCGUGACGGCCUACCAGAACGACAAGAUCACACAACUGAAGAUAGACAACAAUCCUUUUGCGAAAGGAUUCAGAGACACGGGGAACGGCCGGCGAGAGAAGAGGAAGCAGCUCACCAUGCCCUCCCUGCGGAUGUAUGAGGACCAGUGUAAAGCGGACCGGGACGGCGCGGACUCGGACGCCUCGUCCAGUGAGGCGGCGGCCGGCCGGGACGCGGUGCACUCCCCGCUGGGCGCGGGUUCGAGUCCGCUGAGGUUCAGCAGGCCCGGCAGAGAUGAGAAGACGUGCACUGACAGCGAGCAGGAGCUGGAUCACCCUGACGACCGCUGCACGGCGUCCAACAGCCCGGGCCCGGAGCCGGUGUCGCCCUACAGCUCGCGGUGCGAGGAGCACCUGAGGGACCGGCCCGGCGCCGAGAAGAAGGACGAGUCCAUAUUCAGUAUAAGGAACCUAGAGAAGGACAAGGGGGAGAGCCGGCACAGGAAGGACACGGCAGACACGUUGACAAAAGACUCGGAGGCCGGCGGCAUCAGCGCCAGCAAGGACGUGUUCUCGCCGCUGGUGGUCCAGACGGAGAGCCCCUCCCACUUCAGCCCCAGCCACCUGCAGAGCCUGGCUCUGUCCGGCCUGCACAGCCAGCAGUUCUUCAACCCGCUGAACGCCGGCUCGCCGCUGCUCUUCCACCCCGGCCAGUUCGCCAUGGCGCCCGGGGCCUUCUCCGCCAUGGGCAUGGGCCACCUGCUGGCCUCCGUGUCCGGAGCCGGCGCGCUGGAGAACGGCGGUCUGAGCGGCCAGGGCUCGGGGGGAGCCACCCCCAGCCCCUUCCCCUUCCACCUGUCCCAGCACAUGCUCGCCUCUCAGGGCAUCCCCAUGCCUCCGUUUGGAGGACUCUUCCCGUACCCGUACACCUACAUGGCGGCGGCGGCGGCGGCGGCCUCGGCGUCGGCCCUCCCGGCCACCAGCGCCUCCAGCCCGCUGUCCAGGAACCCCUUCCUGGGCUCGUCCCGCCCCCGGCUGCGCUUCAACCCGUACCAGCUGCCCGUGUCGCUGCCCCAGAGCUCCAGCCUGCUGGCCACGGGCCUGCAGGCCGGCCCCGCCCCCGGCUCCGAGUCCUCCAAGCCGGGCAGCAGGGAGACCAGCCCCGCGCCCGAGCACCACGCCAACCACAAGACCGGGGGCUCGGGGAGGGCCUCGUCCCCCAAGGGCUCCCUGAAGGACUCUGUCAACGAGCUGCAGAGCAUCCAGAGACUGGUGAGCGGCCUGGAGGGCCAGAGGGAGCCCUCCCCCAGCGCAGACUCCCCCAAGUGACACACACUCUGGUCAGGAUGGGCCUGGAGGCCUGGCUCCAGCACCCACAGGACUACAAGUGCAAACGUCCUGUACGGCAGACCUGGGACCAGGGUUUGACCGCCGGGGGCCGAGGAGGGCCGGUUACUAACACUUCAGAACAAAGCUGCGGGUAGACAGAACUAUACGUCUAUGUUAUUAUAUUUAACCUUUGGAAAUUCACAAGUAUUGAAGGUUCGUCCACAGCUGGAGCGGCUGGAAGGCCUGCGGGACGAUUCUGCACCGUCAGACACAAAAACCCCUCCUUUGAUCCGAGUCCCAGUGUUAUCACGUCCAGGCUGACCCAGGCGGCGGACGCCUCUGUAUCGACUCAGAAUAUAUCUAUUCAUGAAAGACAAGCAGGAGAACUCACCCUCAAAACAACCACCAGAUCGGAAAAGCCCACCGCUGACGUGACGGGAAGCCAGCUCAGUCAGACUGCAGGAGUGAGGAUGGGAUGUGGUGUUUCCUCAGAGGUCAGUGGUUCUCAAAGUGUGGGGCGGGGGCCCCUUGGGGGCCACCAGGGGGCUUCAGGGGGUCGGCCCAGGCACGCGGUCUGCAAACCAUUCAUGAUUGUAAUAAAGCACACAUUUUAAUGAGGUGAGUGUAAUGAGCUAAUUAGAAGAUUAAAAUGAGAUUUACUCCAAAAGACCAGGCCGACGUUUCACACUAUAGAGAGAACACCGCUUCUUAUGGCAGAUCACAACACAACACACACACACACACUUUGAGAGCCACGAUCCCAGGUGGACCACGCAAGGCCAGUUUUGCCCCGGUAGUCGGUCGGACCAGGACCCUGCAGAACCCCCCAGGACCCCCCAGGACCCGCUGCAGCGCUCUGCGGAGCGUCUGGAGUCUGAUCACCGGGCUGAUCAUUUCAAAAGGGACGCUAGAGACAAACACCGCUUAUCAUUUCAUGCCAGAAGAAAUCUUUCUGAACUAUUUAUGUAAUUAAAAAGAAUUCUGUAAAUAAAGCUAAGAUCCAAGAAUAUGCAAUUGGUAUUAAUUUAUUCAAGGCUGUAUAUUAGCGUGUACAUAUUUCGAUUUUCUUAUUCUUUCCUCCUGCUCUUCUUCUGCCCAUUUUACAUGAACAUAUACUGUAAAUGAAGCUCUGAGCGCUUCUCGGUUUUUUUAGGAGACGUGUGUGCCAUGUUUUCAUCUGCAGCCACCAACACAACCCAGAUCAGAGAGACAGAGAGGGAGAGAGAGACAGAGAGAGAGAGAGAGAGAGGGAGAGAGAGAUCCACUUGGAUAAACACCUCAGGUUAUUUCACUCCAGCCAGGAGACAUUCAAAGGAAGUCCUCCCUUUUCAUUCAUAUCUAUUCAUAAAUAUAUUUAAUAUGGAAGUAUCUUGUUUAUGCUGGUUGUCCGGGUAUUUUCUCUUUUCUUUUGGUUUACUUUUUUUUUUGUUUGCCUCUUUUUAUUUCUCUUUUUUGAUUGUCUCACAGUUUCAAUAAAAAAAUCGUUGUGCUGAAA